AUGCGUAUCCCAAUUUAUCCAGAUAAUGAAAGCUUCAUAAAGCUAAAAAAGCAACAUUUAUAUGAAAAGCUACAGCAGCAAGAAGAAGAAGGGACAGCAGUACACAAUAACUUCAAAGUCCAAGCUAAAGAAAAAAAAAGCUUUAAGCAGAAGUACAUUUCGCAUAUUCCUCAUCUGGAAGAAAUAUGGACGGAACUCAGCGGCCUUGAAGGUGUAAGCAUGUUUGUCAAAAAAGAAGGUCUUACCAACUAUGGUCACGUACUAGCUAACUAUUUCAUACAUAUGAUCCGUGCUGAAUUUCAGGACUUGAGAAUGUCUUAUAUCAAAUCUAUGGUGUACGGUCAUAUAUUAGAAAUAGUUUUUAACGUGCAACAAUUAACUUUGCCGGAAAACAUUGGGAGUUCUGUGAAUAAAGAAACGCAAGACAAAAUUCGAACAUUUCUAAACCCGCCGAUUGUAGAAAUCAAAAAUCGCUUACCACCAGCUCCUAUCACAAAAGCGACAUUAAAUAAGGCCCCUUUCGAUAUAAUGCCAGUUUUUAGACAUAUACUGUCUAAAUACAAAUCAAUGAUUGAAGCGAACCACGAAGUAACAACAUCGAUACAACUACCAUUGACUUUACCACAACAGUCCAAUUUAUUGCAACAAAUUGAGGAUUUAAAUCAGUCACGGAGAAGGCCUAAAAAGAAGAAAUCAUCAAUAAAGAAUAAGAUCUCAAAUGCGCAUAAAGAUAAAGAGAAACGAUUCCCAACCACCAAGGAGACACCUUUUUCUUUCACACAAAGACCUUUCUUUGAAUGCUUUGACUUCAGAAAAUUGAAAAUAAACAGCGAAGAGAUCAAACAAAAUUUCAAGCCAUGUACAGUCGAUCCUAAUAGGAAGGAUGUUUUUACAUCAUACCAUGGCGAGAAUGAUGUAAGACGCCUCUCUAGCUCUGAGUAUGACAAUAUGAACGGAGUCAUCAACCGUCAGAAACAAGAACUAGAAAGAAAGAAAGGUAACAACAUCGAAUAUAUUGAAACCAGAAUCCCUUCCCCAAAAACAACUGGAACUGAUCAUUAUAAAAGGCACAUAACAUAUAUGCUCUAACACUUUGAAGCCUUAGUCACUUUUUAUGAUUUCCAAACUGCUAGAAUACGGUGGUCCAACUAUAUCGG